CACAGUAUUUAAGUGACGUAUUCGCCUGAGACGUAGUUAUGUUUGGUGUUCAGUAGUUGUGUUUUAUGGUCUCGCUUUGCUUGUGUAUUUAAAGGGUUGGUUGAUUACUAAGGCAGAGUCAUGCUUUUCUCGCUAACAUGGUUAACAUCUCUUCUUGCGGGUAUUGUAUUUGCGCAUAUCACACAGCGUCUAUGUUUCCCAUAUUUCUGGAAAGACCUCGUCUAUUUGAUUAAAGUGAUUAGAUAUGGAGCUCGGUUAGAAUUCUACAAAAGGACUUCAAAAGUCUUGACCGUAAUAGACAGGUUCGUUCAAGAAGCGCGACGGUCUCCGAACAAACCGUUUUUAAUUUACGAAGGCAUAACUUAUACCUACAAGGAAAUAGACGAACGUAGCAACAAAGUGGCGCAAGUAUUAGAUCAAUACGGGGCCGUGAAAAAGGGGGUCACAGUCGCGCUACUGAUGAACAACGAACCCGAUUUCAUCUCUGUCUGGUUUGGACUUAGCAAACUGGGAUGUGCUGUGGCUUUCCUCAACACAAACAUCAAAUCAAGGUCCCUGCUACACUGUUUCAACUGUUGCGGAGCCAAAUUGCUGGUUGUUGGUACAGACCUGUUGGACAGCUUGGAGGAAAUUCUGCCUAAUCUACAGGAGGACAAUAUCUCAGUAUGGGCCAUGAAGAAGCAGAUCUCCCACCCUGGGGUACACACUUUACUGGACAAGGUGGAGCAGGCCUCACAUGAGCCUGUGGCAGCUGAACGCCGCACUGUCACCUCGCUCAAGACGGCCACACUUUACAUCUUCACUUCAGGGACCACUGGGUUACCAAAAGCUGCAGUCAUCUGUCAUUUGCAAUCUCUAAAGGCAGCAGGUGGGCUCUGGGCAUAUGGCGGCACAUCAGAGGAUGUGAUCUACACACCACUGCCUCUCUACCACACUGCAGCCUCUCUCAUUGGUAUUGGAGGCACCAUAGAGUUAGGUGCAACGUGUGUUCUGAAGAAGAAAUUUUCAGCCUCACAGUUUUGGAAUGACUGCAGAAAGUAUGAUGUUACUAUCUUCCAGUAUAUUGGAGAGCUGUGCCGUUAUCUGUGCAAUCAGCCCGAGGCUGAGAAUGAGAAAGAUCAUAAAGUGCGUAUGGGCGUGGGAAACGGCCUUCGUCCAGACGUAUGGAAGGAGUUACAUCGCCGAUUCGGGGAGAUCCGCAUGUGCGAGUUCUAUGGCUCCACUGAGGGCAACCUCUGCUUCAUGAAUCACAUUGGCAAGAUUGGAGCAGUUGGCCGCUGUAACUUCUUCUACAAGCUUCUGUUAAAGUACAACUUGGUGCAAUAUGACAUGGUGAAAGAUGAGAUUGUGAGAAAUGAAAAGGGUUUCUGUGAGCAUGUUAAGCAAGGUGAGACGGGACUGUUGUUGUGUAAGAUCAAUUCCCAGAGUCCCUUCUUUGGUUAUGCUGGGAACAAAGAGCUGACUGAGAACAAACUCUUAAGGAAUGUUUUUGUCAAAGGAGAUGCCUAUUUUAACACAGGAGACCUGAUGGUUGAAGACCAGGAGGAUUUUAUCUGCUUUAAGGACCGCGUUGGUGAUACUUUUAGAUGGAAAGGUGAAAAUGUGGCUACUACUGAGGUGACAGAGCUUCUGGGAUUGCUGGACUUUAUUCAGGAAGCCAAUGUGUAUGGCGUGGAGGUUCCAGGUCACGAGGGUCGGGCAGGCAUGGCAGCUGUAAUUGUGAGGCCCGGCUGCUCGUUCGAUGGGAAGAAGUUGUUCAACAUCACAACAGCAUACCUGCCCAGCUAUGCUCGACCUCUUUUUAUUCGAAUACAGGAGACUAUGGAGAUAACAGGCACAUUCAAACAGCAGAAGUUCCGUCUGGUGCGGAGUGGAUUCAACCCUUCCACCAUCACUGACCCGCUCUACUUUGUGGACUACAAUGAGCAGUGCUACAUUCCCCUCACAGACUCUGUCUAUGAAAGCAUAGUGUCAGGCCAGCGGAAGCUUUAGCUCUUAAAGAGCAAAGGGAUCUAUUACAGUACCAGAGCAGAAGCCCGAAUCCAUGCUGUCACAAAGGGAGGGCCUGAUUCUGCCCAACUCAUUUAUAGUGUUGUAUAUUUGAUGGCCCCUGAAAGCAACCCAAGAUGGAUGCCAACCUAAAUAAUGAAUCACUUCCUAUUUUGUGAGCAUUUCACAUGGACAGGCAGUGGUUAAUAAUAAAUUAGAGAGAUUUGAUAAGUUGCGUAACCUUUGUGGAGCGCAAGUGAGCCUGAUUGCUAGCAUAGAGCAUGAACAGAUGGCAGAGUGGUUCGUCUGAAUCUUGCCAUGGCCCACCUGGUGUCAGGUUCCCCUUAUUCCCCAGACAUUGUCUGCCUGUCUGGCUAGUGUGAUGCAGAAGGGUAGUUGACCACAGACACGAAUGCAUAACAAUCCACUUUAAUUUCACCUUUCGCUGGCUUCCCUUUGAGUCAGUUUCUCCAGUGUUUCCCUACCAGCGCCGAUCAUUUCAACACAGAAAACCCUCACCAGCAAAAAAACAGAAAUCUGAAACUAGACUUCCAGUAUAUUUAAAGCUACAGUCUGUAAUUACAUACCUAUGUACAUAUUUAUAUGUGCAUUGUUUGGAGGUAUUUCCUUUUGUAUACAUAAGGACCCAAGAAUAACUUCGCAACAUACUGUGGACUCUUUAAAACUGAGCAGGGCAAUUUGCUUUCAAGCCCUUCUAACAGUGGUCAUGCAGAUCAAGGAAAGGCUUUAAUGACUUUGUUGUAAACCACAGAGUGUAUCUUUAAAUAACUCUUCUUCCUGUGUUCAUGAAGGUUAACUUGUCUAUUGCUAUAAGCUGCUGUGAUAGUGGGUAACAUCCCUGCCUCUCCUGUGGGGAGAUAAGAAUUCAGUCCCCCUUAUCUGGGUAAGUGCACCAUGCUAUACCAAUAGUUAGUCCUUGUGCAGGACUCCUAACACUGCAUUUGCCUACCUCAUGUAACAAUUGAAACUGAAAUUUACUCUGGGUAAAAGUGUUUGCUAAAUAUAAAUGAAAGCCUGGUCUGUGCAGACCCUAUGAAUUCAAAGCCACACACACACACACACACACACAUACUCACACACAAAGGCUGUACUUGUUCCUGUUGUGCAAUUUAAAGCAGAAAUACUUGUUGAUAGUUUGCUUUUUAACUCCAGAAGCCAUUAUUUCUUUUAAUUUAAACCACUCAAAUACAAAGCUAAAUAAUAUUUCUUUAUAACUGCCUUUAAAAGUACAUGCAAAUACACUAUGAUUAAAAAUGCAUUAACUGUAUCUGUAUUAUAUACAUUAUGCUGUUUUAUAUAAACAGUAUGCCUUUUUUUUUAUCUGCAUGUACAGUAUUAUCAAAAAUUAAAAUGCAUAUACACAUGUAAUAAA